AUGCCAUCUGCAACCGCCCCCAAUGCAUCCCCCCGAAUACCAGCCUGGAGAAGGUUGGGUUUGAAGUUGAAAUCCGCUCCAGAGCCAUCACAAGCAGCGACAGUGGUCGAACCCUCCCAGAACAUCGACACCCCGAAAAGGAAGCGAUUGGACGAAACCGACGACGCCACUCCUGCAAAGAAAAAGAAGAGUUCAAAAGACUCCCGCAAUUUAUCCGGUGCAGAACAAGCCACUCCCAAACUCGCUCGAAAGAAAUCGGUCACUUUUACACCUGAGACCAAAGUUGAGGAUGGAGAUAGCAUAAAGCAAUUAUUCGGCGCCUGGGCUGCAGAACAGAAGUCGCAGAAUCUGUCGGCUCCAGUUUUCACCACGCCAGAGCCUUCAAGGGUUGAGGAACAGAUUGAUACAACAUUGGACGAGAAAGUGAGAAGAACGAAGAGGGUCAAGAAACCGGAGCCAGAAAAGACCAGCGAUCCUAAGGCCACUGUCAAGGCGAAGAAGAAGAAGGGUGCAAAAACUACAGAUCCUGCGGAUACUCCCCAACGCCCGUUUCUGGCAUAUCUGCGGUUAUAUUCCGACUCGCGCGAGAAGUGGAAAUUCAAUAAGAAUCACCAAAACCAUCUGCUCAAGCAUCUGUUUGACAUCGACAGUGUACCCUCAGAAUACGAAACUUUAAUCUACAGCUACGUCAGAGGUUUAAGAGGCGGGGUGAGAACGAGAUUACGAGACUCGGCGCUAGCGAUCAAAAUCAAAGAUCAAGAAGAAGGUGCUGCAGGGUUCCCAGAAAACAUGGCGGACCGAGACGCGAGGCAAAUCGAAUAUGAAGUCGCGAUGAAAGAAUACGUUGCCACUAUGAUGGCUGUAGAAGCGCCCUCUAAUAUCGGCUAUGAGGAAGGAAUUCUUGGAAAUUUGUCAGACGCUGCCAUGCCGACAAGAACUGCAAAGCGAAUGAGAGCGGAGCGAGUCCUAGCAGAGCUUGGGGCGGCGGGAGAUGAGGCUGGAGUCGAUGGUGGUUCCAAGGCAGACGAAGCUGUUCCUGAGGAUGAAAACCAAAAGCGGAUCAGGAUGAACGACGGUUCGUCACAAAAGGUGUCUCGGAAACGGAAACAACGCACUGCGGCCGCAGAUGGUGACUCAAGUUCGGAGGACGAUUCAAGCAGCUCGGAUGAAAGCAGCUCCGAAGAUGAUUCCACAACGGAAGUCGAUGAUGGCGAUGAUACCUCGUCAAGUUCUUCUAGUAGUAGCUCAUCUGGGUCCGAUUCGAGCGAUUCGGAGGAAAGCUCGGAAGAUAGUGAAGAGAGCGAGAGCGAGUGA